UUCCUUAACGUCUGUUUACAAAUGGACGAUCCACACAAAUUUCAAAUCUAACCCCUUGGACUUCAAGCAAAGAUAUUCCAAGUAGAUGAGAAUCUCUGGCCAUUUUUAUUCUAAAGACAAUAUAUAAAUAUCAAAUCAGAAGAAUGGCUACAAAAUCAAUUUCAGUUUGGGUUAAAGCAGAACCUUUCAGUUAUGGAACCAUUCCUGUUGCUCCACAUCCACGUUUAAAUAGUACUAAUAUACGAAAAAUAGUAAUCUAUUCUAAGAAUAAAGGAAGUGCUGGGUUUCCAAGAUUAAGUUAUUCAAUGUGGCAACAUAUUGCUUGCAACAAGCUUCAUUUGUCUGAAGAUCUUGCCUGGAUGUAUUUCCACACCUGUCAGUUUUUCACAGAGAACCCUUCACCGAUAGAAUGUAUAGAAAAAGAUGAAAUGUUUGCUCUAUGCAAGGACCAGCAUGAAAAAAAUAAACUUGUGGCCCAUGAAUCAGUAAACCUCUACAAGUUUGUGAUUUUCCUGAGCAUGCAACAGCUGUACAGAAUGUCACUGAGAACAUCACUAGUUGCUGGUGAUGAAUGGCCAAGCACAUCUAGCUCUGCAACAACUUGUGAUUUGGAUGGUCGGUCUACACCCAGAGGGGGUACCACUAAGUCUCUGGAUGAUCACAGCCACCAGCUCUUUGUACAGAACAACAUUGGUGAACUUACAGAUCUGAUAUCUGAUGAAGACAGCAAAAUGUCAGGUGUCGGUCUAGCUAGCGCAACAAAACAUUUAUCACUAGAGGCUAUUGAAGCUCUGGGCUUCGUCUUAAUUGGCAGGGUGGAGAACUCAUCCUCGUUACACUCCUUACAUGACCUGGCACUCUUGCAAGUAGUCCAACAGCAGACAGGAUAUCAAAAGGCAACCAGAUCUUUCCCCACACGACAGUUCACCAUGUGGCUGAAAGAAUGUCUCAUACAAAACCCAUUCAAUGUCUCCGCUUGUAUAGCCUCAGGGACAAGGCUGUCUUGGCCUUUCAUUGGUGAAGAUCAGAAAUCCGAGCAGAGUCACAAACGUGGAAAAAUUGCAACAAAUGCACAUUUGGUGCCUAAAGAUCACAUCAAAGGCAACAAGAUGAUAAUAAUGAGUCAAGUCAGUAAACAAACAAUAGCUAGGAGUUCAGGUACCUUAGAGAUGAGUACAGUGAAGAUACAUCGCAGCCAUCACUCAUAUCUAUACCUGUUGUCUCCCCUCAGGUCUGUGACCAUUGAGAAAUGUCGAAACACAACACUUAUACUAGGACCAGUAGAGGCCACAGUGCAUGUCAGUGGGUGUGAGAACGUGACUAUCAUAGCACCAUGUAGGAACUUGAUGAUCAGUGGAUCCACCCUGUGUACCCUGUACCUGCUGACCCCCCACCGCCCACUACUUCUGAGUGGCAAUGACACCAUCAUGCUGGCGCCCUACCACACCUUCUAUGCCAGUCUGGAGGAGCACAUGGUCAAAGCUGGCAUUAGCACGGCGCCAAAUCUGUGGGACCAGCCACUUUGUAUAGGACCUGACCACAGAGAUGACCAACCAGUAUGGCAGAUCCUACCUGAGUCAGAGUUUUAUCCCUUCUCUGUGCCAUUUGAAAUGCAAGGUUCAACAAAGGCUAUCCCUGGCAGUCUGCCUUCCUACUAUCAGAAGGAGCUGAACAAGAGGCAGAAGCAGAUUGACACCUGGCAGCACAUGGUCAAGGAUGCCGGACUUUCCAGAGAGCAGAGGAAAGAGUUCCAGACUUUGGUGGAGUCAAGGUUUCAUAUCUGGCUCUCAGAGACUGGUCACAAGCGUGAACUGGACAGCCUUGUUGUUCCUCUACAGCCGGUCAUAGAGAAAAGAUAAAGACAGAAUCCCCCCGAAUAGUUUUUAUCUAACUAGCUCUAACUUAUUACCCAACUCAAAUGCUGGUGCUAUAAAGGAUAGGUUAACUAUAAGGAAGCAAUAUGAAAGUAUGUGCAGACAGGACUGUACUUAAGUUAAGAAUUAUGUUAUAGUUUUUAUUGUGAUAGUAUGCAAGAAAGAUAACUCUAAAUUUAAAAUAAAUUCAGAGUUACAGUUCCUACAAUGUGUGAUACUGGUAGAUACUAAUAUAAAAUA